CGCCAGGCGCCGCGACGCUAUGACGUCACUGGUUCGCGUUCUCUCAGCGAUCGUUUCUCGACAACGACGGCCAUCGAGGACGGACUGAUGCGCCAGAAAUACUCGAUAACUCGAUAGAUUAGCGCGUCCGACGGCCCCGUAGAGUCACCUUCCAGGAGAAAAAGUCGUCCGAGCACGAGGAGAAGGCUGGGAGCACCCUCGAGUGUCGCUCGCGGAAGUUUCGCCAGCGGAACCGAGAAGAAAGUCGAAAGACUUCCGAAGCUUUUCGGCCCGAAACUCUGUCCCGUGGCCGUCGAGUUUUCGGUGGCCGGCUCUGCAAUCCGGGGCUGAGAGCUUCGACCGGGCUUUUGAAUUCCGAGGAUCUUCGACGAAAGCGAAAGAUGCGGGCCGAGCGGUGAGACCGCUUUCGGAGCUCGCAGCGACCGAGAAAAGCCGGCGACGAGCCAGCGUCGAGUGGGACAACGCGUUAAAGCACCGGCCACAGGCAAACCCUCCGAGAAACAUGGGCAAGAAGAAUAGCAAACUGAAGCAGGAUACCAUCGAUCGACUCAUGCGCGAAACGUAUUUUACCGAGAAGGAGAUCCGACAAUGGCACAAAGGAUUCCUGAAAGACUGUCCCGACGGUCAGCUGACGGAACAGGGUUUCAUAAAGAUCUACAAGCAGUUCUUUCCGCAAGGUGAUCCCUCGAAGUUCGCCACGCUCGUCUUUAGGGUCUUCGACGAGAACAGCGACGGCACGAUAGAAUUCGAGGAAUUCAUAAGAGCGCUCUCGGUGACGUCGCGAGGCAACUUGGACGAGAAACUGCACUGGGCGUUUCGGCUCUACGACGUCGACAACGAUGGAUUCAUCACGAGAGCCGAGAUGUACAAUAUCGUUGAAGCGAUAUACGAGAUGGUGGGACAGACACCGCAGGCGGAGGACGAGAACACGCCGCAGAAAAGGGUGGACAAGAUCUUCGAUCAAAUGGACAAGAACCACGACGACAAGCUGACGUUGGAGGAGUUCCGGGAGGGCAGCAAGGCCGACCCGAGGAUCGUGCAGGCUUUGUCGUUGGGUGGCGAGUAAUGGGGAAGUUCGGCACGAGCGAGUCCGUUCGUUCAUCGAAAGGACAGAGGAGUAAUCGAUCCCUCGGCCGAUAAGGAUAAGCGAUAAGGAACCGCGUAAUCGAUCGCGCGUACGCACAGGUACCUAGGGUGCAUCGCCUCGGAGCGGCGCCCCGAGCGACGCCAGGCGAGCGACGCUGAGCGACGAGACCUUAAACACACCUUUUUCAAACACUUCUCUUUAUCCUUCUCUUCUCGCAGACAAACGGUUUUAUUCCUAUUUGCACGAUCGUUAUCGUUCCCGACAAUCGUGCGACGAUAUUCUUAGAAAAAAGUCGUAGAUGUUUCAAAGUGUAGCGGAGAAGUCGAGUAGCCGCCGAUCUCCUAGUUCUUCUCGUGCUCGACUCUCGAUUGUUUCGUUUACGAACGACGCGACGCGAGGAGCCGGACCUCUCUCGACACGGUACCGUGGAACCACGGAACCCUCGGGAGAACAGCCGCGGAAAUCGCGGUCACCAGAUUCGAUCGAUCGCAGACCCGGUUAUUUCAAUUCGACGGACUCGAAACGGCUCUGCUCCUGGAAACGGCAACGCUCGACAGAACGCCGCGCCGGUGGUGCCCGCCUCUGGCGGGGAGGAUGUUCCAUCGAAAUCUUGAAUGAUGCUGACGAAGGGUUGUUUAAAAUGUAUGCUCGACGCGAAUCACAGCAGACCGUAUAUAUGGGCGGUUCGGAAGCCGGUCCGGUGUAAGUCCACUUUCUCUUUGAAAAUUAGUUACGCGGUGCCAACGCGUCGUUAUCGUAGAAUCUGCUGGUCGAUUAGGCAGUAUACAGUAAUGACUCUCUAAUUGACGCUCUAAUUGUCCAGAAAGAUGGAGAAUUUUGGAUUUUUAUGGUUAUCGAUUGUCAAGAACUAUAAAAACGAGCUGCGAGGCUCGAAUAAUCGCAUCUCCU